UGUAAGAACAAGUGUUUUGUCGUCACGUUGGGUGGAUGUGUGGAAAUGGAGGUCUUAUCUCGUCCUCGACAUGAACAUGGUCUUGGAUUCAACCCCCAAGGAACGUUUGCAACAAGUUUCUGUUCAGUUGGCUAGGUUAAUGACCAAGGUUAUAAAUAAUCACCGUGGCCGCCUAGAGAGAUGCACUAUUCAGCAUUACAAAUCCCAAUGUAAGGAUGGUACGCUCCAAAGUUGGAUCGACUCAGUGACUGGUUUGAAACACACAAAAGAUCUCACACUUAUAAACUAUAUCCCUGCUAUAAGGCAUUACAAAAGAGCUAAUUUGCUCAGCUUGCACCCAUAUACAUUUUCACAUCAUAGCCUCAGUUCACUAUCACUUUGUGGAUUUAGCCUAAUAGGUCCAGAUGCCUUCUGCAAGUGCAAGAAUCUUAAGACUCUCAAUCUUAUAAACAUUGUCAUCUCACAAGCUAGUGUCCUUAGUGGAGUUUUAGCAGCUUUCUCCUCCCUCGAGGUUAUUGUGUUGAAUGUCAAUUUCCUAACCCCACGUGGUGUGUUGAAGAUCGAGAACAACAAUUUGAAGUUCUUGCAAUUGUCUUACCUUAACGAGAUUGAUAGGAUGGAAGUGUAUGCAACUUGUCUAGAUGUUCUAGACAUCAGGUGUAUCAAAGUUAAGAGAGACAACUUCAUCCUCGUUGCUCCCAAUAUCGAGGUUAACAAAAAUUCUUGGCUGGAUAAUCACAGCCGUAAUGAUUGUCCUCACCUCUACUGUAACGUAUCAUCAUUUCUCGCUCAGGUGGAAACAAACAUUUGGCAUAAGAUUUUGGGGAGCGACUUUAUUGAUAUGAGACGGUAUGUGUAUUUAUCAGUGAGUGUAGAUAUAACUGAUCCGAAAGAAGUGGAGAUACUGGAGGAAGUUUUGCUUAUGUGGACCAAUGGUUUGUUGGAGCUUGAGAUCUUUUUCAAGGUACACUCAUGGUUAAAUUCUCAUUAUUGGAUAGAACUUGACCACUUCUCUCAUAUAUCAUAUAUCAUAUUUUCAUUUCAGCAUAAGAAAUCUCAUAGGGAAGAAGGUGAAUGUUCUACUAACGACAGAACACAUGCAAAACUGUUCCCUAACGCUGAUUUACGCGUUUAUAAUGUGCGGUUGUAUAAUUUUGAUGGUUCGAAUGAGGAAGAAUUUGCGUUUGUUUCACGUUUGGUGAUGCAAAAGCCGGUGAUACUGAAUAUGAUGAUCGAGACUUCUUUGUUUCCUCCGACGAAGAAGUUCAAUGCGGAAGCAGCUGUGGCCAAGUUGAUGGAACUUAAAUAUUACAAAAAUCUUAAAAUUGAAUGCUUCUGAUGAAACUUUGGUUCUAGUAUUAUAAACUGUUUGCUAGCCUUCUUUAUUAUAUCUGAGGAUAAUGUGGUUUUGUGUUCUACCAUUUUGAGAAUUUAUGUGGUCUUGGUGAGAUUUGCUAUAUCCUAAGAUGAAUAUUAUUUGAUUUUUGUUUUAUUACGUU